UGAUAAUUUUAUAUACAAAUAAACUGUUAAUAGUGAACGAUUGGAUUUUUUAAAAUAAUUUCUUAAGUUGAUAUAGAGAAUAAGAGAAAGGUAUAAAGAAAAAAUAAAUGUAAUAAAAGUUCCAUAAAAUGUUAUUACGACGAUCAAAAUGGCAAGGGAUCGAUCAGAAUAUUCAGAGAAUAUGACUGACGCAACUACUUACAGUUGUAAAACAAAUUCUGUCGACAAGAAUUCUUUACGAAGCAGUUCUGAAAUGUUUCACGAGCCAUUUUUUCUUCAUCCACCUGGUACUCGACCCCGUGAUGGAAUUUACAUAAACCCAAUGAGUCCAUUUAUAUCCGAACAUCAAAAACCAAAAGAUACUGAAUCAUUCUACCUCCAUAGUCCGAACGACCUCGUCUACACAAGAAUUACUCGACUGUUUAGUGAUAACGUGGACAAAACUAUAAAUGACGAGCAAAUUAACAUUGAGAAGAAGGAUGAGACUUUAACUGUGAAAGUGGAUGUUCACAUGAAUAACGGAAGUUACAAGCCAGUAAGCAAUGGUAAUUCAAUUAAAUCGGAUAUAAUCAAGGACACGGAGCACGCUUACGAACAGAUCUGUAUCAGACCGGAUGAGACGGAGAGCGUUAAGUCAGUGGGUCAAAAAAAAUUCAAUGAUGAUGCAUCUGAAAGCAGUCGAUCAAAAAUUACUGUAAGAAGAUUUAGUAGAUCCAGCAGCGCUAGUGAAUCGUCGCAUUUAAGCAGUGAAAUACCUUGUUACUCAUCGACAACGUCAACACCUUCAUUAUCACGCAAAAGUAGUAGCGAACGAAUUGAUAAGAGUCCCAAAGCACCAGAAUUACCAGAAAGGAAAAGUGUAACACCUGUAGAAGUUGAAAAGGAUUCAAAGCCACAAAUUGACAAUUCUAAUUGUAUCGUGAAGCCUCCACCCCCUCCACCGCCACCACCACCACCAGACAUCGAAGAGAUUCCUGAUUCUCCAAAGCUUCCUGAGCCCAUUGACAAGGAUAUCAAGGAUCCCAAGAAUGAAUGUGAUAAUUUAUCAACAACCAACAAGUCCGACACAUCUUCUCACGAGCAACCGCAGCAGCCGCAAACGGAAGUACCUGCUGGUAUUGUCAGUACACCAUCGCCAUCAUCAAACGAUUCAGAAGAUACUAAAGCGAACCAGGUGUCACACCUGGUAAAUAAGCACAUGGUGCUGCCAUUUAUUCCACCGAAAUUUACCAAUGCCGCUGAUUCAGAUACUCUUCUUAAACCAUCCGAAUACUUAAGAAGUAUCUGCAAGGGAUCUAAUAAAAAUACUUUGUCUAAAGCCAGAUCAGUGGAUAAUUUGGAUAUACAAGGAAGAGUCCAAGUGGAGGAGGUGGAUAAGUGUCAAGAAGAAAAUCCAUCACCUGGACCACCACCUCCUCCAUUACCACCACCAAUUAUUACUAAGGAUACAGUAAAUUUAGUUAAUACACCAACUACAUCAACUCAGGAACCAGAAACACCUAAAACUCAUCAACCACUUGCUACUAUUAGUAUUCAAGAUCUUACAAGUGUUCAAUUACGACGUACUAAUAUUAAAAUGAAUGGGACUAAAACGUUUUCUACUCCACCGCCUCGAAGUGUUUCUAUGACCAAUGUGUCGGAGCCUUUUUUUGUACAAAAAACGGAUCUUAUUGCUGAAUUAAAAAAGGCUAAAGAUAUACCAGGAAUUAAAAAAUUUAAAGUUGAAAUGGCAAAAGUUGAAAAGACACAAGAACAGAAUCUCAUCAUGGAGAUCAGUAAAUCUUUAAGUGUGUCAAGUUUUGUUGAUCAGAUUCCUGAAAAAGAUAGUUCGGGAAAUAUAAUACCUAUUUGGAAGCGUCAAAUGUUAGCGAGAAAAGCUGCAGAACGUGCGAAAAAAGAAUUGGAAGAACAAAUAGCACGUGAAAAUGAAGAAAAAAGGCAAAAAGCUAUUCCACCAUGGAAAAGACAGCUUUUAGCAAAAAAAGAUUGUGGUGAUGAUAAAAAAACAAAUACAGUGAAUCCAGUACCUACAGUCGUAGCACCUCCACCAGUUAAAAUUGAUCUAAUUCCUACACAAAAGAAAGAAAUAAUGACAGCACCAUUAAAACGUAUUGAAAAAAAUGUUGAAGUUGAAGAAAAAAAAAUCGUUACAACAACGCACGAUGAUUCAGAUGAUGAUGCUCCUAUAAUUCCAUGGCGAGCGCAAUUAAGGAAAACAAAUAGUAAAUUAAAUAUUCUCGACUGAUUAACAAUUAAUUAUAAAACACGUUUAAUUAUUAUCUUCAAUAAAAUGUGUUCUCUUAAUAAUUACUUAUGAAAAUAAAAAAAAAAUGCAUGCUCAAUACACACAAAAUAAAUA